GGCAACUCAGGCCAAUAUCUCAAUGAUCUGUUUGCUGUUUAUAUCGAAAUGACAACCUUGCUCGACUUCUGUGGAUGCAGUUUCUUAGCAAAACGUGGUUUUGAGAUGCGCAAGUUUUGAAAAACGGCAUUGUUAACUGUUAAAAGCACUUUUUUGCACGUGUGUGUGGCUCCGUGUCUGCUGAAUGUUGUGAUGCAUGGGUCUUUUCAAGAAGAAGUCAAGAAGCAUUUUGCCUCAAACACGAGCAGUGUUGCAGUGUAGCUGUAAUCUCCUUGCGAGCAGCUUGACAGCUUGUCACGAGUCGUCAUGUCGAAGAUGGAUGCCAAGUCUUACAAGGACCUUUGCCUCAUUAUUGUGGGGCCAGGGUCAAAAGCUGAUGAAGUACUUGCAAGGAGAAGGCUCACAGCAGGAGGGCGCUUGGCGCAUAUCUUGAUCGAGGGUGAGAACGAUGAUCGUGUUGAAGUGGAGCAUGACCCCGUGGAGGACUCAUGUCUCAGCUGGCAACCACCAUUGCCUGAGCAUGGGAUCUCUUCCUUUGGCAAGAAGAUCGGUGCCAAACGCCGCAAUGUUUGGACCAAAGUUGGGCCGGAUGCCAUCGUGCUGCCCGAGAACCACAAGAUGAAGAUCUUGAAAGAUGCGAGUGGAGCACUCCGUCACAUUUGCAUCAGCGAUGAGAAUCAGACGGCCGUGAUUGAGCUCUCUGGUCAUGUGGUGUUGAAUGCUGACAUGGAGCUUGCAAGAACACUUGAUGUUGAAGUGUGUAACCCUGACUACCAGCCGUUUGGAUGCUUUUCAGCCCGUUUUGUACUGAUCAGCAUGCUGAUCUCCUUCCUUUGGACUAUGGCCCGCUUUCUGGUUGGCAAUGCUCUGGAGUCCAAUGAAGAUGUGACGUCAGUACUCUGGGGCCGGAGCUUCUUGCGGAUGAUCAGCUGGCUCUUAUUUGGGCAAGUCUUUUGCGUGGGAAUGUGGCCAUCCUGUUUCGCAGGGGAGUGGCCAAGCAUGGGUGUCUAUCAGGUGGGUCACAUCAUCUUUGUGGUGGCUAUCCUAGCGAUCACUUACUUCCAGUUCUCAGAUUUCUUGGCUCCCACAGCAGCAGAAAUGCCCAUGCUUGCUACUGCACCAGCAUUGAACUAUUGGCUCACGCAAGACAGACAUCCCGAAAGACGCAUCUGGCCGUCUGCGCUGUGGACCAUUGCUCAGCUCGUUGGCAGUUGGGGCGGCUGGAUCAUUUUUGCACUGGUUGGCCUGGGCUAUGGAACUUUGGUGGCGUCAGGGAACACCCUUGCGGCAGCCCUUUUCCUGCCGUUCGCCACCGCUGCCACAGAAAUCGGAAUCGCGGUCUAUGCCCGCUUCACUUACAACAAGUUUGUGUUCGAAGCCAGGGUGAAGGCAGGUGAGCUAGUGGUGGCUGGUGAUCAACUUUUCCUGAAUGGGCCCGCAGUGAUCUACUGUGCUCACGCUCUGGCAGAAGCUUGUCGUUUGGCUGCCACCUUUUCAGGAGCUGUGAUCAGCGGCGGCUACACCUGGGUGCCAACCACCUUGUUGAGUGUGGCUCUCAACAUCUCGGCUCGCUUGGGAUGGUCACGCUUUGCCCUCAUCAAGAUCACCACCAAGAUCCGGGGAGGCCCAACAGCUAUGGCUUGGUUCGCCCCUACCGCAUGGAGCAAGCUACAUGACGAGCUGAAGGUCUACGGUGGCUAUUUCCGUUUUGCGGCCAUUUGGGCUUUGGUGGCCGCAAGGGCCAUUGAAUAUGGAUGGUCCAUGAAUGGCCCUAAGGCUCCAUUCUUCAACACUUCUGCCAUGUGCGUGCUGAUUGCUUGCUUCAUUCUUGAGAAGAUCGAGGAUGUCGUCGUUGUGCAUGAGCUUUUGCCCGUGAACCCCGCAGGCCCGGGACUUCUUAAGAAGUACAGCGCAGGCACGAAUGCUGAUCCAAAGCAGCUUGUGGCCGUGGAGAACCUUCCAACAGAAGCAGCCAGUGACCCCUGGCGAAUGGACGAAUUGGAGUUGAGUGGGCGGAAGUCCAGUAGGUCGACCAUGGCAAGCCUCACUAAGAAGGAUUCCCUCGAGACCGAGGCAAAGGUGCUGCAGCAGAGAGUCUCCUUAGGCCCACGGCAGGACUCGAUGUGGUGUCGUCUCCGCGCAGGAAUGGGUCAACCGCGAUCUCUGGUGCCAGCUCCUUCGUUGCACGGUUUGCGUGAGAUCCCAUUCGAACACCAGCUUUGCAUGGUGGGCUGUAUUGGAGAGUUUGUGAUUGGGCUCACCUACCUCUUGAUUGGAGCGGGAUACAUGCGAGGCCUGUGUGAUGCCCCCAUGGCAGGCUUGGACAGGCUUCUGAACUUUCUUUGGUGGGAAGUUCCGCUGCAAUGCUGAUCGAGGACACCUCGCUGCGUCGUCUAACUCAUUCUAAACCUAUUGUUCAUAGUUCUGAACCUUUUGGGGCUUCAGGGCCUUGGACGUGAUUUUGGCCGCAUGGGCCAUGGACGCAUGGCGAUGUAACUCAGUCCGGUAUACCCCUCAAGGGGUAGUGGCUGGGCAUUUGACGCCUUAUUUUGACAAGUCGAGGAAACACUCUUCUCCAGGGAGACAAGACCUCGCACAUUUAUAUGCUUCUUACCAUGAGCACCGUGCCAAUGACACGUGCUCAAAAUGUCUCGGACGCCGGAAUCAAUGCAGGAUAAA